ACCUCAAGUCAGUGAAUAAAAGUCGAAGGCGGUGGGAGGCGCCGCCUUCGGAGGAGAGAAGAAGCGGUCGGGGGAGCCGCACCGCCUCUUCCCUCCUCUUUCUCCCUCGUCCUUGCACGCCGUCGCUUGAUCCAGUUCUUGGAAGUCGAUCCCCGAUCCGAGUCCUGGGAAAUCGGGGCCGUCGUCUCGAGAUUUGGUGAGAGCACCACCGCCUUCGUCUCCGCUUCCCUUUUCUUCCUGUUAUCAUCUUGUUGUUACGGAUUCAUCGAAGAGACACUUCGUAUUCAUCUCCCUCGUGUUCCUUACUGCCGCCAUCAUCAAACCCUAUUUAAAGUAUUCCACCCGACUUUGUCGAUUGUCAUAAGAAUCAUCGAAUCCGGGGUUUAGUAUCAGACUCAUCCGUCUACCCUUUCCCUUGGAAGAUCGGAGAUGGAGAGUCGCACUCUAAGACUGGGUGGUAUCGGGCAGCUGUUCCCGGAGUUCUUGCCUGAUGCAAGAGUUCCAAGAGUCGAAGUUAUCUGUCCUCAGCCUCGUCGCGCCCCGAAAGCAACCUCCUCUGUGUUAGACUGGGUUGGGGAUUUUGGUUCCAAGGCGAAGGGCAUUUUGCCUGCACUUCAAGGGGAUCACAUGCUCAAUAUUUUGGAUACUCUACUUGGCAAGGAUGAAUCCGAGGAGGGCUUGGAUUCAAGCAAGCAACCAGGUUUCUUCUGCGGCUCACCUCCUGUCCGAACAAACAACCCGGUAGUCUGGGAUGCUCUCUUUGUUGAAGAAAACCUAUCGUUUAUUUCUUCUCCAGACGACAUAUACGAUGAAACAAGGACUCCGAGUCGGGGAGAGAGAAACUCUCAUUCAUGUGGCUCUUCAUUUGUAGCAAAACUCGAAUCCAGAACCGAACAAUUCGCUCGGGGAGAUCCACAAGACCGCCGUCGUGUGGUAUCUGCCCUGUCCUGAUUUAACUGCUGCUGUCGAAAAUUUUCCUUCCUUUGUACAUGCGCCAUGCUUUAGAAUUGAUGUGUACACAGCUCUUGCGUCUGGGGUUUGGUCUGCUUCAGUCUAAUAGAGAUUGUUGAAGAGGUUGUAAAAAAAGUGCUAGUAGUUGUUUAUGUGUAAUCUAAUCUAAUAUAUAUCUUCAUGAC